AUGACCACCCGGCGCUUGCUCACAGAGCUCCGUAACUCCAAGCAGUUGCCAGAGUCUAUCCUGGAACUUACCCCCAAAGGAGAAGACUCCCUAUACGAAUGGACUGCACUGAUCCAGCCAAACAAGUCCUCCAUUUAUGGAGGGAACAAUUACCGCUUGUCCAUCCACCUCCCACUAGAGUACCCACUGGAACCGCCAAAGAUAAAGUUCGCCAACCCUAUACCACAUUCAAACAUUGACUUGAAAACAGGUGAUAUCUGUCUCGAUAUACUGAAAAGUGAAAAUUGGUCCCCCGCAUGGACUCUGCAAACGGCCCUCUUGGCUGUCCUUGUACUUCUCGAUCACCAGGAACCAGACAGCCCUUUGAACGUCGACAUGGCAAACCUUUGCCGGCUAAACGACCGUCUCGCCAUGGUCUCCUUGAUCAACUACUACAAUCUUAAUCACAAGGAGUAA